GCUCUUACUUUAUGUCACUCCAGAGGUUUUGCUGGAUUAAAAUUAUGUCGAUAUUUAGAGCUUUGGGGUUAUUAUGUCAAAGACUUAAAGUUUUUAGUAUCUAAAUUCGGAGGCCUAUCGAGUCAAAAAUUUACAUCAGCUGCCUAUGUUUAUAGCUUCGGAGUUUUACGGUUUUAUCAGAACAAGAGUUAUAACAGUGACAUCAACCAGACAAAGACUGAAACUUCUAAUUUUCAGAAUCUUACCUACGUUGUUCCAGGUUUUAUCGGUCAAGGGCUUACACCAGCAUAG